AUGGCGCCACCCUCUGUGGCUUUCGCCCUCCUCUUGCUGGCGGCUCCUGGCAUCUUGUGUGAUGUGAAGGAUUCUUGUUCUGGAAGCCCUGGCAUCCCUGGCACCCCUGGCACCCACGGCCAGCCAGGCAGAGAUGGGAGAGAUGGCGUCAAAGGGGACCCCGGCCCUCCAGGCCCCAUGGGUCCCCCCGGAGGAAUGCCAGGCCCCCCUGGGCGUGACGGGCUGGUGGGUGCUCCUGGCUGCCCUGGAGAGCGCGGAGAGAAGGGCGAGCCGGGCGCCAUGGGCCCUCCAGGCUUCCCCGCUUACCUAGAUGAGGAGUUACAAUCCACACUCCACGAGAUGCGACAACAAAUCAUGCAAUCCAGAGGUGUCCUUGCUUUGCAGGGGUUGGCGCUGGAAGUGGGAGACAAGGUCUUCGCGACCAACGGACAGUCAGUCAAUUUUGAAACCAUUAAAGAAUCCUGUGCCAAAGCAGGAGGCCGCAUUGCCGUCCCCAGGAACUCCGCGGAGAAUCAGGCCAUUGCCAGCAUUGUGAAGAAGCACAACACUUACGCCUACCUGGGCCUGGAGGAGGGCUCCGAGCCUGGCGACUUUUACUCCAUCGAUGGGACCCAAGUGAAUUACACCAACUGGUACCCAGGGGAGCCCAGGGGCCGGGGCAAAGAGAAAUGUGUGGAGAUGUACACAGAUGGGAAAUGGAAUGACAAGAACUGCCUGCAGUACCGACUGACCAUCUGUGAGUUUCCAGGAUAG